GUGCUGUCUGCGGCAGCCAGGAUGACUUGUCCACCGGCACUUUUACGCCGCGUAGAGCGACUGGGCGCCCUGGACAGCGCGCCGCCAAUUCUCGUCCUGCUUUGUCCUGCAACCAAGUGUCGACAUUGAGCUGAUCCGGCAUUGUUUCAAGCGAGUCGUGGGUGGAUGGAGAAGUGGGAUGGUCCACAGGGCUAAGCGUGGUGGAGGACUGGGAAGGCGAAGGGUAUGAGCGCGGAGGUGUGGGAGCGCGCGAGAGGCGAAUUUGGGCCUCUUGUCGUGGUGCAACAGGUGGCGGUCGAGCGCACUGGGUGGCGGGAGUGCGUGGCAUCGAGGGCGGGAGUGCGAACAGUCGAGGGUACGCAAGUCGAGGGAGGGGCGGGCGGAUGGGAGGAGUAGUCGGUCCACACAUGCGAGGAGGAGCCAGGGGGCUGAGAAGACGAAUGCGUGGGGGUUCGAGGCGUGGAUGUCGAGGGAGGGGCAGGCGGAAAGGGCGAUAACAGGAGGUACGUACCGUCGUACCGCUCUGCCUGCUCGAUGAGCGUGUGUCCAUCACCAUCGUCCCGUCGCUCCACCCUCGUCUCUCGACAGCCGCUGUCCCUCCUCUGCCUCUAUCACCAUCUGCUCCUUGUUCUUCUCUUCAACGUGCUCAACCUCGUGUGAUAAGAUAGUCGCUUUGCUCCAUGCGCCGUGAGACAGGAUGGGCGCAGAGCAGUCGUUUAAAGAGAAUGGCGCUGACGCGGAUGUCGUGGAUGUUGAUGAGAAAAGAGAAACCCGUGGAGAUGGAAGAGGGUGUGGAAAGAGCGUGGAGUGGGUGCCCGGAGUAUUGCAGCUGCAAAUAAUGAAAUCCAAAAUGUCCUGAGAGAGCAAAGAGACCUCGGCCGAGGAAGCGUGUUG